CUCAGUCGUAUUUUGCAGGCGGCGGCUGUCCAACGCCCCGGGUCUGCGAGCUGCAGACAACCAAGCCAAAGAGCGGCUCACUCGUGCGAGGCGGCGGCGAGAGGGACACCAGGGCGUGCUGGUUGAUUGUGCAGCGGCCCAAGGCCGGCGCGGCUGUUGGAAUCGCAACACGGUGAACAGCAUGCGGCAUGGGUGAAUCCACCAGGCUGACAACAUGGACGCCGAGACCGACAUGGACGCCCGCACGGCCUGGCAACAUGAGUGAACAGCAGCAAUCUCGAGAGUCCGGCCGACUGACGACAUUGCUGAACAACAACAGCCCGCACGCAGCCCCGGGACAAGCAGCGGCCCCACCGGCCCGCCGCACCGUCGCCGUCGGCCCCCAUGCCGCCCAGGCAUCACCAGACUGGCGCCCAGUGCCUAUCGAUCCCGCGAGAAAAAAAAAUUGUGCCGCCUGGAUGGACGAUCGUCGCCCGGGCAGGUCUGCGGGCGAGACAGAGAGAGCGACUUGGCGGCCACGGCAUCGGAUUCGCCUCUGCCCUCGGACGGCCCUCCUUGCCCGGCCUUGCACAGGACGCCCUCUUCUCCUUGACCCGGCGCUGCGAGCGGCCUUGCCCAUCAGCGGUGUUGCAGCCGGCCCUUUCCUCCUGCUCGCCGUCCUGCUUUCUUCACCCACCUCCCGCCCCGCAAAUGGCCUCCGCCGAUCCCAACACUGCCGCCCCUCUGGGGUGUGUUGCUCUCACGACCUUCUGUGAGCUGCAUGGCCCCGCCAUCGUGCUCUGCACCCAAAUGGUCCCCGUCCCCUGCGAAUCGUCGGUGCCGUCUUCCGCAAAUCCGCUUUCGCCGCCGCUCUCGGCUCCUGCAGAGGCGCCCCCUUUGACCGACCUGCAUCGGCUGGCCGCCGUUGCUGCUGCAUCGGCUUCGUCUGGGCUGCCUCGCUCGAGCCAGCCCUCCAUCGGCACCGCCUGCACCCCGAUCCCAACCAGUGGCAUGUCCUCGACGCAUCCAUACCCACUCGCCACCCAAAGCUCCACUACGCCAUCCAUCUCCACUUCCGGCGCCGCUGCCAACUCAACGCCGCUCUCGCCCUCGACGAGCCCGCCCUCGCCGAUACCCACGAGCUCAUGUCCAGGCUGUCUCGCAACCUUUGAGAGCAUACCACUCCCUGCUUCCCUGGCGCCAUCGGUUCCGCGGCCACAGGCAGCCCCUGGCGAAGCUAAGGGAUACGUCUCGGUCGAUGAGCGCUCUCAGACGGCCUUCUUCACGGGCCGGAAUCCUUACUAUGCAAAGACGUAUGCGUCGGUACGGCAGGCAUGCGUUCGCAGCCUAAGCAUCGAGCAGCAUCCGGGAAAGGAGGGGCCCAUCAUGUUUGGUGACAGCACCAAUGGAUAUGUCCUGAGCUACAUGUUCAAGAUUCGUGACAGCCAAGCCCGAGGCUUCUAUCGAUGUUAUACCUUUCUCCUGCUGCACCGGGACUACACAUUCCUGACAUCGUCGUGGCCGUUCAUCUCCAACAAGUUCCGAAUGAUGGCCGCCGAGAUGCAGGCUCAAGCCGAGGUCACCUUCAGCCGAGAGCGACUGUCUUCUGAUGCCGUCGCUCAACACAGCUAUCAGCAGCAGUUGCUUUCGUCGUCCUUCCGGUCCAACUCGUUUAGCCCGUCGUCUGGAGAAAUCGUGUUCCGAAGGCGGGCCAACCAGCCUCUCCGGAUCUUGACAGAGCUUCUCGACAAGCCGGAUCUUUUUGCGUACCUGCAUCUCCAUAACAGCUGGCUUCUGAAAGCCUUCCAUAGGCGAGUUUUUGAAGCGCUUGCCGAAGGCCGUGAGCUGAUUGGUACGUUCGACUCAAAUAUGAUAUCGGAUCUGGAUCCGCGCGUCCUGCGGGAAAUGGGACGACUGACCGGCGAUGCUGAGACAGAGGCCAACCUCUCGCGGUCAUCGACGCCGCAGUCUCAAGCCUCCAAUCGGAACGACGUCAACGCAAGCGACUCGGCAAUCGAGACCGAGUAUCCUGUCAAGCCGCAAGCGGCAAUAGCCCCGAUCCUCCCUGGACGAGCGGGAGAGUAUCGUGACAAGACCGCCAACAGGGGCGACGGUCAUGCCAGAAGCAGCACACAGUCCAUCCCGCCGACGCUGCUCAAGCUGUUUGAAGACCAGAGUGCCCUGACGAUUGUUCAGUUCCAAGAGCUGCUGGGCUCGUCCAACUUUAUCAAAUUGCUCUACAACCUGAUGACGGGGAACCAGAUCGUCAUCCGUGGAGACAAUCCAACGAUGGUAUCGUCGAUUUUCAGUCUACUACAGGAAUUCCUUCCCUCGGCGUGUGCGUCGCGACUGGAUUACUCGGCCGAGUACGAAGAAUCGUGGAAGUACAAUCUACUGGGGAUGCCCAGACGGGUCGGCAUUCCGCCGAAUAUCGAGCGCAACCACAUUGUUGAGCUAGAGCUGAAGCCCAAGCGUGGACGCGGAAGCACCAAUUUGAUCGGCGACUAUGAAUGCGACCUCAUAUCUGGCGAAAUGCCUCCCACAACCGCCCGCGGGAAGGUCGCGAUUGGAGUCCUUGGCGAUCUGGAGCCCAUCCUGAUCUCAUCACAGAACAACAUGAGCGACCACGCAAUCCGGAACCACAUUGUGUUUACAAAGGAGGCCUGGAUCAACAAAACCAAGCUCUUCUACUGCUUUGUGCGGCUCGGGCGAGCCGAAGACAUGCAAAAGCUCUCUGGGUUCCUGGCGGCCAUCGGAGCGGGUGUCAAUGACCUGCCGAUACUGCGAUACUGGACCAAGGGUCUCGGCCACGAACACCGACAGAAACUCCUCCAGAAACUAAGACGAUAGAGCCGCCAAGACGGCCUGUGCGAUCCUGCAAACAACCGAGACAUAGACCCGUAGCAAGCCACUCAUUCCUCAGUGUCCAUCUGUCAGUCAAUACAUCCCUCA